GUUAUCACAACGGUCAUAGAUACUGACCCAUCCACCUACGAGGCAAAGCAUGUGCAUGAAAUCUACGAUCGGAUUGCUUCUCAUUUCUCCUCUACUCGAUAUAAGCCAUGGCCUAUCAUUGCGAACUUCCUCUGUAACAUACCUACAGGAUGGGUGGGCCUUGAUUCUGGCACCGGAAACGGAAAAUAUCUUCCCCUUCCCCUUGACCGCCCGGGCAGCAUAUGGACGAUCGGUCUGGACAGAAGUCGGAACUUGCUUGAUUCUGCAAGGAUCGCUGGUAACAAUGGUACCAUUAGAGAGGUCAUCUGGGGAGACGUUCUCGGGAACGGAUGGAGGCGGGGAGCGUUCGAUUAUGCGAUAUCAAUAGCGACAAUACACCAUCUGGCGACCUCUUCGCGUCGUAAAUCAGCUAUACAGCGAUUACUGGAAUGUGUUUCUUCUCAACAUGGUCGUAUUCUGGUCUACGUGUGGGCCAUCGAGCAAGAUAAACUUUCGAAGAGGGCAAUACCAACGCACCAAUCUCGAGACCCCACAGAUACGAUGGCAAGGGGACAGGACGUCUUCGUUCCUUGGAUGCUGACUGACAGCAAGCCUCAGUACAAAGCUAAUAAGGGGACAUCUGGGAAGUCAGAAACACAACCAGGAACAGCGUCCCAGCAAGUCGAAGAGGGUGCCUUCGAAAAGCUGAAACAAGCGCGGUAUGAUCGCUACUAUCAUAUGUUCGCAGAGGGAGAGUUGUUGGAUCUUGCCUGCGAGGCAGCGGGAGAACUGGGAUUGAAGGUCGUGCAAAGUGGUUGGGAAAGGUCGAACUAUUAUAUUGAGAUGAGGCGAUGG